CAAUACCAUUAAUCCGGAACUCUGAAGUCCAUGUUCGACGAAGUCAAAAUCAUCAACACCAAGUCUCAAACUUUUGAAACAAUAAGCAGAAACAAACUAGUGGGUAGUUUUCUACCUUCACCAAAACCAUAAGGGCUACUUUCAACACAUGCUUCCCUCCCAAAUCCUUCUUCACCUUUCUCCCCCUUUCACUUUAAUUUUUUCAUGUGUUGCAUCCAUUCCAUAUUGCAACGACAAAAGGGGUUUAUUCCUACACAAGUAAAUUCAAUUCUAAUUCUACCAGAACAUAAAAGUCCCAUUUUUUUAUUUUUUAUUUUUUUGAGUCUCAACAAGCUCUUGAAUCUAGAGUAAUAGCAUGCCUCCUAUGUCAACGAUUCCAAUUCACAGACCUGAAUUCCAUGCCUUAUUCUUCAAUGGGUCUCCAAGUCCUUUCAAAUUCCCAAGAAUGGCUGCUUCAUGGACCAUGACCAUGGAUUCGAGAUUUUCCCCCACAAUGAAUACUAAUAACAAUAUGAAGAAGAAGGAAGAACUCUCUGUGCAGCUUUCAACGCCACCCGUUCCAAAAGUGGAAACUUUUAGCUCCAACAACCUCCAAUUUGACCGUUUGCAGCCAUCGGAUCAAGAAUUGGUUCGAGAAAAUAAGUUUGAUUUUGGGCAAUUUGUUGCACGAGAAGCCGUGCUUGAUGAAGAGUAUUGGACAGCAGCAUGGCUAAGGGCAGAAAGUCACUGGGAGAAUCGAACAUAUGAAAGAUAUGUUGAUAACUACAAAAGGAAAUUUGCUGAGCAGGAAUUUAAUGCGGUAAAAAGGCGGUGCAAGGUGCAAAACGGGGAUAGCUGCUCAUGCAUUAUCGCGGUGAGAAAGGAGCAGAAGAAUGUAAAGCACUCAAUAUUAAAAAGUGUUGUAGGAACCCUUGAUUUGAAUAUCCGAUAUUUUCUGCAAGGGGAGACCUUUCCUGGGGAACGGGUAAAGGCUCCUCUUUUUUGCAACAUCAAAAGAACACCACCAAGCAGAUAUGCCUACAUUGCAAACUUGUGCGUUGCUAAAUCAGCUCGACGACAGGGAAUUGCAAGCAACAUGAUAUAUUUUGCUGUUGAAACUGCAAAAUCGAAUGCAGGUGUGACACAGAUAUAUGUGCAUGUGGAUAGAAAUAAUAGUCCUGCACAGAUAUUGUACCAAAAGAUGGGCUUCGAGCUUCCUCGUCUUUUUCAGAUGGUUGAAACGGCAAACUCCCGAUUGUUACUAGAGGAAACAUACUUGCUACGUUUACAGAUGUAAAAUACCAAAGAUUAUUACUUAUGCUUCAAUUGGAUAGCUUCGGAAAUGUUGUGAUUUUCAAAAUUUAAAUACCCCCGGUUCCUUUAAUCAUUAGGGGUAUAACCUUUUAGUUGUGUGUCCAUGUUGUACCAAAGGUACUUAGUUUCCUUUUUCUCCCCUUUCCUUUUUAAUGUAUAGAUCGUUCUUUUUGCAGUUUUUAUAAGUGGCCUGUAAACUUACGGCAAUUAAAUUUGACGGAAAAUAAACUUAUUGGAUUUAAGAA